AUGGCAACUUGGGAGGAUUAUCUGGCAAAUCAAGCCAACAUUGAUGGUGUACAAAUGACAUGGAAUCUAUGGCCACAUUCACGAGUGGAUGCGCAACGUUUAGUUGUACCUCUCGGCGCAUUUUUUACUCCUCUCAAGGAACGUCCUUCUGAUCAACCUCAUCAGCCACCGCUUGAAUAUGAUCCUGUUUUGUGUCAGAAAGCAACUUGCAAAGCAGUGUUAAAUGCUUUAUGCACUGUUGAUUUCCGAAAUAAGACUUGGACAUGCCCAUUUUGUAAUCAGCGUAACCCUUUUCCACCACAUUAUAGCAUGAUUGCUGAAAAUAAUCGCCCUCCUGAACUCUAUCCCCAGUUUACAACGAUCGAAUAUACUUUGAAAAAAGCUACAACAUUACCCCCAAUAUUUUUGUUUGUGGUCGACACGUGCAUCGCAUCUGAAGAGUUGAAAGCAUUAAAAGAAUCUAUCCAAACGGCGCUUUCGCUUCUUCCUGCUGAUGCUCUUGUUGGUUUGAUAACUUAUGGUAGAAUGAUUGAGCUACAUGAGCUCAAUGUCAGUGGUAUAAUGCGAGCAUAUGUUUUCAAGGGUACAAAAGAAGUCAGUCAGAAACAGAUUCGAGGUGUAUUAACCAUGAACAUGGAUCGAUCAGGAAUUAGCAGUGGAGGCGCAAAUUCAAAUCAGCAAAUAAAUUCUGGAGGAAGUUCUACACAGCAAAGACAUGGGUUUCCUUUAGGAUCUGCUGUCGCACUUGGAGGUGGUCCUGCCAUGGUACAUGGAAUGACUGGAAAUCCUUGUCUUCCAUUUAACAAGUUUCUUCAGCCAAUUAGUGAUUGUGAAGUGUCAGUAAACGAUUUAAUCGAACAAAUCGUACCAGAUCGUUGGCCCGUUUCACAAGGACAUCGUCCUCUUCGGUCAACAGGCAGUGCUCUUGCUGUUGCUGUUACCCUGCUGGAAGUGAAGAUUUUUCAAGCUUAUAAGAAUGAAUUAUCUCGAAUAAUGUUAUUCAUUGGUGGUGCAUGUACUCAAGGACCGGGAGCUGUAGUAGGAGAAGAACUAAAAAACCCUAUACGUUCCUGGCACACAAUCAAAGAGGAAAAUGCACUUUACAUGAAGAAAGCUACAAAAUUCUAUGAUGGCUUGGGUGCACGGGCAGUGAAAAACGGUCAUGUAAUUGAUAUUUAUUCCUGUGCACUCGAUCAAACAGGCUUACAUGAAAUGCAUGCUUGCUUCAACACUACUGCAGGAAAUGUAGUUAUGGGGGAUAGUUUCAAUUCUUCACUUUUUAAGCAGACAUUCCAGCGAGUUUUCGAAAAAGAUAGUCAUGGUUUUCUUAAGAUGGGAUUUAAUGCUACGAUGGAAGUCAAAGUUGGCAAUGGUUUAAAAAUCGAAGGUGUUCUUGGUUGUUGUGCAAAUGGUUCUGUGAAGAAUGCAUUUGUAUCAGACACAGAAAUGGGUAUUGGCGGCACAUGCCAGUGGAAGUUCUGUUCAAUAAAUCCUAAAACAACUAUCGCUGUACUAUUUGAGAUUGUUGCACAGCAUGGAUCGACGGUUCCUCAAGGUUCGCAUGGAAUGAUACAGUUUGUAACUCAGUAUCAACAUCCUGAUGGCCGAAAACGGAUUAGAGUUACAACUACGUGUAGGAAUUGGAGUGAUAUGGCUACUCAGCAACAGAGCAUCGCUUAUGGUUUUGACCAGGAAGCUGCAGCAGUAAUGAUGGCUCGGUUGGCAUCGUGGCGAGCAUCAUCCGAAAAUGACACUCCAGAUGCAUUACGAUGGCUGGAUCGAAGCCUGAUUCGUCUUUGCCAAAAGUUUGGUGAAUAUCAUAAAGAUGAUCCAUCAUCAUUUUGCUUAUCAGAAAAAUUUUCAUUGUUUCCACAGUUUAUGUUCCACUUGCGGCGAUCCCAAUUUUUGCAAGUGUUCAAUAAUUCACCAGAUGAAACAUCAUAUUAUCGGCACAUUUUGAUGUCUGAAAAUGUAUUAGAAAGUACUACUAUGAUACAGCCUGUUUUAUUUGCUUAUUCUUUUAAUGGACCACCUGAGCCAGUUUUACUGGAUACUUCGUCAAUUCUUCCUGAUCGAAUUUUAUUGAUGGAUGAUUAUUUCCAUGUUUUGAUAUAUCAUGGGCAGACCAUAGCUGCUUGGCGAAAAAUGAACUAUCAUGAAGAUCCACAAUACUGUGCUUUCAAGCAGUUAUUGGAAGCUCCAGUAGCUGAUGCAACAACAAUAUUGCAAGAUAGAUUUCCAAUGCCACGUUAUAUCGUUACUGAAUAUGAAGGCUCUCAGGCUCGAUUUUUGUUGUCGAAAGUUAACCCGUCCUUGACACACAAUAAUCCCUAUGCUGCGGAAGGUGGUGCAGCAGUAUUUACUGAUGAUGUCUCGUUGCAAGUUUUCAUGGAGCAUCUUAAAAAGCUGGCAGUAUCCUCAUCCACUUAA